UUUAAAUAACUAUAAAGGUUAUGUACUUAAAAAAGUACAUACAUUUAGAAAAUAAUGACACAAAGUGGGGAUGGGAAUUCGGCGCAUGCGCUGACCGCGGUUGAUAAUUUUUUUAUCAUGUGUAGAUAAAACUGACAGCGGUAUUUGUCUAGAUUUUUUAAUUCGUCUACGUGUGCAUACUCCAUAUAUGUGCUGAUGAAAUACAGGAAGAUAUCAAAGGAAAUAAUUAAUUUAUAGAUUUUAAUUAACUAUCAUAUUUUAUUAUUUAAACCAAAGACUAGAGCAUGGAAUUGGAGUGCGCGGCUCAACAUUAUGACUGGGGUAAGAAAGGGAUGACGAGCAGUGUCGCUCAGCUCAUAAAAUCAUCAUCCCCUGAGGUAAAAAUCGAUGACGAUAAACCAUAUGCUGAAUUAUGGAUGGGAACACACCCAAAUGGCCCGUCAUUUAUAAAAACUACCAAAGAAUCAUUAGCGGAGUUCGUCAGCAAAGAAUCCAAUAGUCACAUUCUGGGUGAUAAAGUCACAGAAAUAUUUGGAAACACUCUACCAUUUUUAUUUAAAGUUUUAUCUGUUGAUAAAGCUCUUUCUAUUCAAGCUCAUCCAGCCAAAGAUCACGCUGCCGAAUUGCAUAAAUUAUUUCCCGCUAUUUAUAAAGAUCCUAAUCAUAAACCGGAACUCGCAAUUGCUUUGACACCUUUCCAAGCUUUAUGCGGUUUCCGACCCACGCAGGAGAUCUGCUAUCAUUUAAAAUCAAUCCCCGAGCUUGUUGCACUUUGCGGUGACCAGGAUGUGGUAAAUGACUUUUUAAAUCACUGCCAAGAUAAUGAUGAUGCCAAAACUCAUUUAAAAAAAUGUUUUAAAGCUCUUUUAACUUAUGCGACUACUGAUGGAAAUUCGAAUAUCGUUGCUCAACAAUUGUCCAAUUUUUUAAAUCGAUUAUCUCAAAUGGAUAACGACAGUAGAGAAAAAUUAAACGGAAAUCUUUUCGAGAGGCUGCAUAAAGAUUUUCCAGGUGACAUCGGAUGUUUUGGAAUAUAUUUCUUCAACUACAUAACACUAGAACCUGGAGAAGCGCUUUAUCUUGGCCCGAAUGUUCCUCACGCGUAUCUAUUUGGUGACUGCAUCGAGUGCAUGGCAUGCUCGGAUAAUGUCGUACGUGCCGGACUUACUCCAAAAUUCAAAGACGUACCGACACUUAUUGAAAUGCUGUCGUACGAAAGUCAGUCAUACGACAAAUUCAAACCAGAACGAUUGAAUGAAUUUACAGAGACAUUCAAACCGCCUAUCAAAGAUUUUGCUGUUAACAAAAUUGAAGUAACCGGAAGUUGCAAUUUUAUUCCCGUUAACUCGCCUUCUAUUUUGAUAAUUAUCCACGGGUCUGCAAAAAUUACUGAUAAAGUUUAUAGACGUGGAUCCGUAUUAUUCAUCGCUGCCAAUGUUGAGUUGACGGUGACAAAUUUAGAUGAAGAUAAAACAUUAAUUUUCCAAGCAUGUGCCAACGUUUAAUUAUUAACACACCGUAAAUUUAUUUAUUUAAUUAUUUAUUUAACUUUAACUCGAAUCUUCAGACUCAUCUUUAACAGCAGCAUCAGCUGCGGGUUUCUCUUCGGCUUUGUAAUGACGAUACUCUGGUUUCAAUUCCCACAUAUUGCGAUGUGGAUUUUUAAUAUUGUAACUACAAACUUCACUUAAAAUUUCUUUUAAGUACACCUGUACAUAAAAAAUAUAAAUAAGACAAUUGUAUAUUUAUUAUAUUGAUUAAUUAUAUUGAUAUAAAUUUUAUUGAAACUUACGACUGGUUGACGAGUAAUUUUGACUAAAUCUUUGAUAUUAUAAUACUGAUGUUUUUCAAAGGCUGCAAAUAACAUAUCCAGCACAGCAUCUUUGUCAUCACGCAUCUUUUUACCUUCAGCCUUUUUCUUUUCUGCAUAUUCAAUCUAAAAAAAAUAAAUUACAAUUAUAUAUCAAAUAAAAAUAAAUGAAAUAACAAUUUUACACUUUUAUUGUUCGGUAUAUAGAGUAAAAAAAACUUACAUUGUGUUUGUGAUCAGAUACUGGUUUGAAAUUAUGUACAACUUUAGAUAACUGCUGAAUAGCUCUGACGGGAACAGCAGCUUUCUUAAUACUCGAUAAUUUUAAUUUCAUGUAACAGUUGUCUGCAUAAGGACGACAUUCUAAUUUCUGUACAAUUUUACCCUCCAUACACAAUUUAUCUCCCUCAGGUACAACCGCAUCUGAAUUAUUGCAGGCUGUGAAAAAAUAAAACACAUUAAUUAAAAUUCCAAUCAAUGAAAGCACGACAUACAAGAGCGAGUACAGAAAUUUACUUUGAAAGAGAACUAUGCAACUUCUGCGGUAAACGCAGUAUCAGUCAUGUUCAGAAAAACACUCUGGAGAUUGAUACAAAUUUAUCCAGAUGAUUAGUAAGUGGUAAGUCACGUGGUUUAAUUAAAACCAGAGGAACUAAAUAAUACUCGAUACUACAUUUAUCGUAGAAGCUGCAUCUUUCUCUUCCAGAAUGAAUUUCUGAACAUGCCCUAGGUAUCUUUAGUUUUUUGGCUUCAAUGAAACAACGUGGCUUUCCACUUAAGUAAUUACUAAAUGAUACUGAAGUAAACCGACGUCUGAUAAUUUUUGGAUUUUUUUUUAAGCAAUAAAUUAUUGAAAAAAAAAUAUUUGAAAAAUUUGCACCUGUAGUUUUUUAAAUUCUCUACAUGUGCAUAUUUUUAUUUGUUGUAUUUUUGUAAUUGAUUUGUUGAAAAAAAAAAUCCAAAAAAUUUUAAUUGUCUGCUCACUUCAGAAUCAUAAUUACUAAAUGGUUAGUAAUUAUGAUACUGAAGUUAGCAGACGUCUAAUAAUUUUUGGAUUUUUUUUUAGACGAUAAAAAAUUUUUAAAAAAAUAUUUGAAAAAAUUGCACCUGUAGUUUUUUAAACUUUCUACAUGUGCAUAUUUAUAUAUUAUUUUUUUGCAGAUGAUUUAUUAAAAAACGACAAUUCAAAAAUUCUUAAAUGUCUGCUAACUUCAUUUAGUCAGGAUCAUUUAGUAAUUACUAAUCAUUUAGUAAUUAUUAACCACUUAGUAAUUAUUAACGACCUGGGUCAAUAUUUACUAAUCUCCAUUGUUUUUCUCAAUAGAGUUUACGAGCGGAUUAUAUUAGUGUCCAAUUGUUCCUCUUGUUCAAUCAGAUAAUAUUCAUAAACUUCGAAGUUUCAUUUUUCUCUUCCUGAGUUAUUUAAAUGCUUUUAAAAUGUAAUUAUAACUUACGUGAUAUGUGAGAGAAAACCCCAAGCAUCUGAUGUUUUACUUGACUAACAUCUAGCUUGUGCUGCUUUGGAAUGUCUUCUUCACCAGGAUCCUUCAAGGCUAAGACAGCUUCUGAUAGUCCGAGUGUUACUUCAGCUUUUUCUCCAGGCACUCUAUUUAUUUAAACGGCAAAUAAUUAAUCAAUUAAAUAAAUAAAUAAAUACAAAUAAUUACUUAAAAAUAUAUAAGCUUACAAAAAUACUUACUUGGAUAUUUUUAGUUUACCAACUUCAAUAUUCCCCGGUGCUUUUUCCCAUUUAUUAGCAAUAUAUUUAGGCACCUUGACCAACCAGACUCCUCUUCCAACAUUACUUAGAUCUAAAUCUUUCUCCAUGUGAGUUAAUGAACUAUUUGUUCCAGACAUUUUACUAUUUAUCUUCAACAAUUGCGAUAACAAAAUAUAUUAUAUACUUAUUUAUAUAAAAUAUUAAAUUUUAAUUUAUCAGUCCGCAGAUUUCUUUUAAUUAUUUAUCGACUUUAUAUAUUUAUAUAUAAUAUAAAUAAUAUUUUAUCAACACAGAAACGCACGUUCACUUGAUUAUCACUCAACCAGAUCUUGAUUUAUAUUUUUCUACUUUAUAACCUCAAAUUUAUAUAAAUAUAUGACAACGUGACUGUCACUGAGCCGCCCUCUUAGUUAAUGGCCCGCAAUGUUCUCUGCAUGUAAAGUCGUCCCUCAGAAAAAGAACGAGCUUCGGAAAUCGCUCCCACUACUGAUCAUUUUUAAUCUGCGCAUGCGCAAGAAAAAGUGGGAGAACAUUUAGAACUUAGAAUCCAGAGGGGGUAAAAAAACCGAAGCCACCCGAGGUGCGCUCUCUUCCUGUGACAAUUUUACCCCAUCCUAAUCUCAGGGUCGGCUUUGAUCAACUUGUGCUCGGCACAUAAUUGACAUUAAUUUUAUUACAAUUAAUAAAAAUUAAGUACAAAAAGUACUUAAAUAUUUAAUUUUAUUUUUAGUGAAAUUAAAAAUAAAUCAGCAAAAUGGUUGCGCAGAAAAAACAA